AUUUGUAGAAUGCAAAGCUGAAUGGCGUCAAAGGAGCUGCAAGCACGUUGCCGCAUACUGGCGGAACGCCUAUCGGAGAGUGCGCAUAUUGUUGAUCACGACCCAUCGUUAGCCCUAUAUCGAUUACACGAACAUGUUGGGAAAACUUUACCUGUGCUUGUGGCUCGAAAAUAUACAAUGAUUGAUUUGAAUUCCCGUCUCCAAGGUGCAUGUUUCGACUUGGACAACGUUCUUUUAACAGUGCAGUCAAUGAAAAAGGCUGCAUCGAGUUUCGAGAACAUUCAGGCAAUGCUUCGAGACUGCGUACAUCACAAAUAACAACUAAAUUACUCAACUAAAUGAUGCUUUUGAUCUGAAGGAAUGUAUUAUAAUGUAUAAGCACGGAAGAAACAAGGAAAUUCCCGUUGUAACAACUUAAGUUAUCCACAGCAUAAAACUUAAACAAAAAAAAUAAUGAACAAGACUCACUAAUGAAAGUGCAC